AUGCCGGCGGCCGCGGGGGACGCGCUCCUGGGCGAGUCGGCGGCGCCCGGGGGCGGCGGCGCCUCCGAGGACGCGGCGCGGCCGGCGGCGGCCUGCGAGGGAAGUUUCCUGCCCGCCUGGGUGAGCGGCGUGCCCCGCGAGCGGCUGCGCGACUUCCAGCACCACAAGCGCGUGGGCAACUACCUGGUGGGCAGCAGGAAGCUGGGCGAGGGCUCCUUCGCCAAGGUGCGCGAGGGGCUGCACGUGCUCACCGGGGAGAAGGUGGCCAUAAAAGUCAUUGAUAAGAAGAGAGCCAAAAAGGACACCUAUGUCACCAAAAACCUUCGGCGGGAGGGACAGAUCCAGCAGAUGAUCCGACACCCCAACAUUACCCAGCUUCUUGAUAUCUUAGAGACAGAAAACAGCUACUACCUGGUCAUGGAGCUGUGUCCUGGGGGCAACCUGAUGCACAAGAUCUACGAGAAGAAGCGUCUGGAGGAAUCGGAAGCCCGCAGGUACAUCAGGCAGCUCAUCUCUGCAGUGGAGCACCUGCACCGGGUGGGAGUGGUCCACAGGGACUUGAAGAUAGAAAAUUUGCUUCUAGAUGAAGACAAUAAUAUCAAGCUGAUUGACUUUGGUUUGAGUAACUGCGCGGGGAUCCUGGGCCACUCCGACCCGUUCAGCACGCAGUGUGGGAGCCCUGCCUACGCUGCACCCGAACUCCUGGCCAGGAAGAAGUAUGGCCCCAAAAUCGAUGUCUGGUCCAUAGGUGUGAACAUGUAUGCCAUGUUGACUGGGACCCUGCCUUUCACGGUGGAGCCUUUUAGCCUGAGGGCUUUGUACCAGAAAAUGGUGGACAAGGAAAUGAACCCACUCCCCACUCAGCUCUCCACAGGGGCCAUCAACUUCCUGCGCUCGCUCCUGGAGCCAGACCCGGUGAAGAGGCCCAAUAUCCAGCAGGCGCUGGCAAAUCGCUGGCUUAAUGAGAAUUACACCGGCAGGGUGCCGUGCAACAUCACCUACCCCAACAGGAUUUCCCUGGAAGACCUAAGUCCGAGUGUGGUGCUGCACAUGACCGAGAAGCUGGGCUACAAGAACAGCGAUGUCAUCAACACCGUGCUCUCCAACCGCGCCUGCCACAUCCUCGCCAUCUACUUCCUUUUAAACAAGAAACUGGAGCGCUAUUUGUCAGGGAAAUCUGACAUCCAGGACAGCAUCUGCUACAAGACCCAGCUCUACCAGAUAGAAAAGUGCAGGCCCUCCAAGGAGUCCUAUGAGGCUUCCCUGGACACUUGGACAAGAGACCUUGAAUUCCAUGCUGUGCAGGACAAAAAACCCAAAGAACAAGAAAAAAGAGGGGAUUUUCUUCAUCGGCCAUUUUCCAAGAAGUUGGACAAGAACCUGCCGGCCCACAGACAGCCCCCAGGCUCCCUCAUCACGCAGACGCAGAACACCAAAGCCCUGCUGAAGGACCGGAAGGCCCCCAAGUCCGGCUUCCCGGACAAAGAUUCCUUCGGCUGCCGCAAUAUUUUCCGCAAAACCUCAGAUUCCAAUUGUGUGGCUUCUUCUUCCAUGGAGUUCAUCCCCGUCCCACCUCCUAGAACCCCCAGGAUUUCCAAGAAGCCAGAGUCCCCCCCGCAGGGGCCUGGAAACACGGGCAUCCCCCCCAGGGAAGACCCCUUGAUGCUGGAGAUGGUGCGCUCCUUCGAGUCUGUGGAUCGUGACGACCAGGUGGAACUGCUCUCCCCGACCCAUCACUAUAGGAUUCUAAGCUCCCCCGGGGGUCUGGCUCGAGGACACCCCAGUGAGCGAACACUCUCCCCAGUCCUUCUGCCUGGAAGCCCGUCAGCUCUCCACUCCACUCUGGUCUCCUUUUCUCACGAAGAUAAGAACAGCUCCCCCAAAGAGGAAGGUGUCUGUGCCCCACCUCCGGCUCCCAGCAAUGGCCCCACGCAGCCCCUGGGGAGCCCGAAUUGCGUCAAGAGCCGGGGCAGGUUCCCCAUGAUGGGCAUUGGACAGAUGUUGAGGAAGCGGCAUCAGAGCCUGCAGGCGACCACAGACCGGCCCCUGGAAGCCAGCAUGCCCCCUCUGCAGCCCAUGGCCCCUGUGAGCCUCUCCUUUGAUAUGGCUGAUGGUGUCAAAGGCCAGUGUUAACCUGGACCAGCAGCAGGAUGGGGGUGUCUCUGAGGGACGCCAUGGGACAGAGCUCCAGCCUGGAGGGUAUGAAGACUCCAUGGAGGCAGCUUUCCUGGCCUCCCCAGCUCCUGCCGUGCUGUGUCCCAACUGUGGAACUGCUGGCACCCACAGACCCCAGGCCUGCCUAGCCCCCUUUCACUUAGGGACCUGCAGAGAGGCCGCUCAGAGGCUUGGCCCUGGUGUGGCCAGUUCCAGUCGUCAUGUCCUCCUUCCUCCCACCCACUCACUGGCCUUCACCCACCUCCCCUGCUGGGUUCAGGGUGAGGAGCUGCAGGCCCGGGGUCCCCAGACUGCAGCUGUUAGGAGACCUUUCUUCACUCUGUGCUGCGUGUGCCUCUCGGUGGAUUGUUGUCCUGACAGCCAGCCACACGGGACUGGGGCAGCAGCUCAGAGGGUCACCCAGGCCUGCUCUCCCCUCCUUCAUAGCAGUGACUCCCCACAGGGGUGCUGGACCCCAGGAACCUCCGAGGAAGCCAGGCAAGUGCCCCAGUAUCCAGCAGUGCCCCACUCUGAGCAGAACCCUGCUGGGCAGAGACAACCGACUAGUGGGGACCCCGAGUGAAGGAAAAGCUCAAAGGGGACACCCACCCCCCAAGCAAGAGUUUGCCAGACUUUCUUUCGUUUUUGUGGCUGGAACCUGCUAAUGGUCCACUUACCUUCUCCAAAGAUGAUUUUUCUUUACGUAAUGUCCUUAGAUCGAAGCAACAUCAUUUCAGAAAACCUGGAUGGAAACAUAAGAAGGAAUUGCACCGAACAUUCCAUGAGAGGAUGAGCGUGGAAGGCACUUGGGCUCCCCCCAGGAUGAUGUUCUGGGUGGCCUACAGGAGGGGUGUGAUCAAGACCCUCCCUGCAUUCUCCCAUCCCAUCAGCCCAGCCCUGAUCCUUCCAGAAGGUUUAGAACAUAGUUCCAGUGGAUUGUUUCCAAAGAGAGAAAGUGGUGCAGGUCAGAUAUGGAUGGCAAGGAGGAGCCGUUUCCUCUGUGCAAUAUGGUUUUCAAGCUGCCAAGAAAAUGAGUAUUGCUUAGAGCUCAGCUAGUUUGUGGGCACCAUGUAGAACAGGCAUGCCCAGCAGGGUCAUGUGCCAUAAGAGCAGGGUCUUCUUGGAGGACGGCACCCUUCCCCACACAGGUUUUGAGUCCAUGUUCUGUCUUCACACCUUUUGCCAAGGAUUGAACCAAAGAUGCGUCUCCGGUGCUGUAUCUGUGCCGUCCCUGUGUGUGCCGGUGUGUGGACCCUUUGUGGUCUGACCGUGUCCAGCUGGGCCUGCCUGGGGUGCUCUCCACAUGGGGUUGGGGCCUGGCGCAUGGCAGGGACCCCUUGGUCAUGAGCAGAAUUGGAAAAAGAACUAACCAGUUUGGAUAGCAAUGGCCUGGAGUUUUCAACUGGUGACUAAGCCAGGGGUGACCAGCAGCCACUAUGGGGGCCACCUGAAGGCCAGUCUACUAAGCCCACUGACUGUGAGCCUGUGGCAGAGAGCAGUGAUGCUUCAUCAUCUUUUCCCUUUGGCCAGUGGUGGCCUUCUGCGUGUCUCCAACUGAGCAAGUAGAGCAGAUAUUUGACUGACCCUGAAACCCACUGUCCUGCCCAGUCCUGGCUGACCUUGACAAGACAGAGCUGCUAUUUCCCCAUUGAGGGGAUCACCCCAAUUCCCGGGCUUGUUAGGUGGGGGACAGGCUCCUGCCUGUUGGUGUUAUUCCUUGGCAUGACUCCAGACCGGGUUCUAGAACCUUCCAUCAAACAUAGAGCUAUCUAAGCAGAGGAGAGAAAAGAAGUAUCAAGAAGAUUCUGCAUUUGGCUUGAAACGUUUGGUUCUCACUGGGUGGUGGAGAAACCUUUCUGAGAUUGUUUCCAGCUGCAAGUGGGCAACCUACAGGCUGGCAGGCUGUUACCUGUGCCUUGUGAUUUCUAGUUCCUUUGUCUCUUUCAUGUAUUUUACUUUCCGUGUCGCUGUGAGCUCGUGGGGAACACGUUUCCCGUUCCCGAAUGCGUCGAGAACAAGCUGCAGGCUUGUCUACAGUUAGCUGAUCACAUUGCCACGGGCCCCUGAACUGUGAACUCAGGUUUAUUCUGAACCCAGUGAGAGGUGAGGGAGGUGAGGGAGGGAGCAAACUGUAUUUUUGUGAGUGUGAGCACCGACAAAUCUAUGAAAUCGAAUGAAAGAAGAAAUGUUAAAUUGUUUAUUAUUUUAUUAUAUUUAUAUGGAAAACUUGACUCUCCCUUUGGUAAGUACAAAGCCUGUUUAUUGUCUACUUGACCGUGACUGUUUCUCGUUAGUCUGCACCUGUGAACUCAGUCAGCCUGUAUUUACUGACGGAAAUGACUGACCCACCAUCACGUGACGUCCGGGGGGGAAGUCGGCUUCAAUGGUUUGUUUUGGUCAUAGGUAAGGACUGUGUUUAUGUCACCAUUACUAAAUAUAUGUACUUUUAUAAUGACUGUGAAAUACACGCUUCCCUCACUUGAUGGCUUCGUUGUUUUGCUGAUAAAUCUUAAACCAUCGAGUCCAUUGCAAAUAGUUGUACCAUCUUCUACAUAAAAUUCUUAGCCCAACAACUGACUGGAUGGAAGUGGGAAUUGGGUUGUGGGGCAUUUGGGGCAUUUUCUGCUCGAGUGUCCUUGCUUCAUUUCACUUGUAACAUGUAGGUCUACAAAAGUCCAUCUGGCUUGGCAUAUGGCGACUGGCCAUUCAAGAUGAGUCAGCAUUUUUCUUUUGGGGCAUAGGAGAGGGAUCAGGAUCUCCCAAGGAGACUCUGAAAGUCGCCUGUGAAGAAUGACAACUGUGAAUAUUCCUUCUAGUGUUUGUCUUGUUUAAGCCUCCGUGAAGGAAGGGCAAGUGGGGCGAUGAGGUGGGAUGGAGAGGGGGUGUAGAUUGCUUGCUUGGGUUGUUCGGUCUGUUUUCAUCCAUCACUGUCCACAGAGUGCCCUUCAGGUGUGAUGUCUUGCUCCAACCCCAUGUCCCCCGUAUGGUGUGGCUGGGAGGGUGGCCUGGCUGGAAGGGGAGAGCUUACCAUUCCUACCACAGGAAGCUCUGCUCAAGUUUGAUGACAGGGGAGCAGGAUGAGUAUCUAGCUUUGAGGAUGAUGUUUCCUUUUAGAAAUCAGAGCUUCUGAGAACAAAAAGAGACCUGAGAUUAUCUGGCUCAACUGCAACCUUUCGAAAAAGAGUAAGCCGGGGCCCUGAAUGGUUUAAGGACACGUCCCCAUUGUCACAUUCCCAGUGUCCCCUAGUGAGUUGGCAGUUCAGGCUCAGGGCUCCUCCCUCAAAAACAGUCAGUGAGUGUGACCCCAGGAACAUAGGAAGUCAACAGCAGAUCAAGCCUUAUCACAACAUGUAUCUCUGAAGCCCCGAUGUGGAUCAGGUCUUUAUCUCAUUCUCAGCCUUGUGCAGCUUGACAUUCUGAGCACACAGUGUACACACCCUUGAUUCUUGAAGUCAGAGAAAGACUCUUAACAGAUCUGCCAAGAAAGCAGCAACCCUGGGGUAGCCGGGGUCUCUUCUUUAACUAUCAAAAGGCUUUUGGGUUUCACUAGAUUAAACCAACAAAACAUUUCUAUAUAGCCCGGUCAUAAAGGGAGACAAAUCCAGAAAGAUCGCAAGACUGAUAUUUUGGGUGAGGUCUGGAAACCCCUUGGUUAUUGCCUUUGUUUCUUUGGGGGUGCUCUCUGUGCCGCUAGGCAUAGUCAGAAUAACGCAGAACAGCACUGGGAACUGGUUCAAUUUAAUGUCAUCACUUUUCAAUGAAAGGAGUGUAUUUCCUGAGUAGUAAAUGAGUGUAUUAUUUGUGGCAGCUUAUUUGUCAAGGGAGCUUUUCAGACAUCUGGUUCCAAAGACAAAUGGGGUGUGUAUUUGUACUUCUUUUCUGGGAUCUGUCCUCAGGACAUACAGUGAUCUUUGAGAUCUGAUGUCUGGGGCACCGCGGGCCUGGGGGCCUUGCAGCGCCGCCAUCCCCUCCCACCCGUGCGUCCACAGUUACUUGGGCAUGCAGAUGAGGAGGCGUUUGGAGGAACUACCUCCAGGAGCACUGAGUGCAGCAUGAUGUGGAGCAAGCUCAGGAACUGACUGGAGCUGAGCGAGAUGAAAAUGACAACAACACGUUGCACAGGACAAUGGCAGCACAUUCAUGGAGGAAGCGGCAUCAUUUACAGGUGGAAUCAAACAAAAGGCUCUUAUAUGGCCUGAGCUAGUUACACCAUGGAUUCUCUUCUCAGAAGAUGGCCCAGAAGCUAUUCAGAAAGGAAUGUCUUUGGCUGACAUUAGAAAUCUGCAGGAAUAACACAAAUAUUGUUCCUGUUCUUGCUACUAGCUCAAAAGGGCAGGUUAUGGGCUUGUAUCAGGAACCAGGCUUCUCGUCCUCGGGCGGUGAAUCACAGCAGGUCUGAGGCAGGAGUGCCUCCCCACCCCAACUUCCAUCUGCAAGCAUCUCAUCUUGGGCCAUCACUGUGUUAAGCUGAUUAGACUUCAUGAUGAUAGCAAAUUAAACCCAGAGUCUCUGACUUGCCCAAUCAAGGCUUACUUCUUACACAUUUUUUUUACUUGCAGUAACAUGACAUGGUAACAUUAAAUAAGUCUCAGGUGUGCAUCAUUGAGAAUCAACACAAGUAGGUACUACAUUAAGCUCACUGCUAAACAUCUAAUUCUGUCCUCCAUACCAUUAUCUCUUGUCCCAAUUUACCUUCCUACCCUCUACCCUUUUGGCAACCACCACUGACCCCAUAGUCCAAAAGUUUAUUUUUGUUUUAUUCAUCUAUUUGUUUCCUCUAAGUCCAUCCAUGUAAUGCAAAUGUCAGGGUUUCAUCUUUUUAUAGCUGUAUAGUAUUCCCCUGUGUUUAGAAAUCACAUCUAUUUAUCCAUUAGUCUGUUGCUGGGCCCUGUGGUUGUUUGCAAUUUUUGGCUAUUGUGAAUAAUGCUGAAAUAAACAUGGGGGUGCAUAUAUCUCUUUGAAUUAGUAUCUUUGUAUUUUUUGGGUAAAUGUCUGAAAGUGGGAUAACUACACUGAAUGGAAUUUCUAUAUGGAAUCUCCGUACUGCUUUCCACAAUGGCUGCACUAGUUUGCAUUCCCACCAAUUGUGCAUAUGGGUUCCCUUCUCUCCAUAUCCUUUCCAACACUUGGUUCUUGCCUUUUGGAUAAAGCCAUUCUCACAGGUGAUUCCUCACACAAAUAUUUAGGCAGCUCAGCUGAUUCCAGAGCAGCUGUCUUCUAUGUGGCGACUCGGGGAUUCAAGAUGCUUCCAAUAUGCGUCUCCAUCCACUCAAAUGAAGCCAUACUGGCUGCAACUAUUCAUUCAUAUGGACCUGCCUUGGAACAAAAGACUGAGAAAUGUGGGGGAGCAUAUGGAGAUUUAGGGUGCAGUAAAUAUCUCUACCUCAAGAAGUUCCAGGAGCCGUGCUUCUCAUACUCAGGCAGCAAAUUCAUGGCUGGUCUGAAGUGAAAGUGCCUGCCCAUGCCCCUUCCAACUGUGUGCGUCUCUUAAAGGUCCCCUAAAAGUGAGCUGGCCUUUCCCGUUGUUGGACAAAUUACAGUACAUCUCAGUGUGCAUGGAUUAUUUUUGUUUUAAGGAAAGGGAGAAGCAUUGUUAGUGAUUAGUACUUCAUUUAAGGGGGGCAUUAUAGGCUGGACAAUGUCCAUUUGCAGAUUGACAUAUUGAAACGAACCCCCAAUAUCUCCUUCUGUGACUGUAUUUGGAGAUGGGACCCCUAAGAGUAGAGUGAGUUAGAAUAAGCACCAUGAAGUUGGCUCCUAACCCCGUCUCCAUGGUGUCGCUCUAAGAAGAGGACAUGUGAACACAGACACCAGACAGGAAUGGCCAUGUGAGGACCACAUGGGGGGAGGUGGCCCCUCCGACUAAGGGGAGAGACUAAACCUACCGCCAUCUUGCCCUUGGACUUCAGCCUCAGACUGUGAGAAAAUAAAUUGUUUAAGAUGACCUG